CCCGGGGUCGUUAGCAUGUCACGUGCCCCGAGCCUUAAUGAACCGGACGCAGCGAAGGGGUCGGUGUGCGCAUGCGCCCGCGUAAAACUGUAGUUGGAAAAUGAGGCAUCGUCUUGGAGUAGUCGACUUUUAAAAAGCAUCGGCAGCCCGUGAUAUGACGACUUCGCUGGUGCUGCAUCCACGCUGGGCGGACACCUUGAUGUACGUGUACGAAAAAAGCCCGAAUGAAAGUACCUCAAAUAAAAGCCAGACCAUGGAGGGACUGACCGGGAAUUGCCCUGCCACACACUGCAGGGACCUGAUCUCGCACCCCGCGCUGGGGCGCCACUCUGGUACCAUCGCGACGCACCAGGGCUCCGUCUAUUCGGAUAUAUCUUCCCCCGACGCGGCGCGACAGUGCGCUGCGCCCCAGACGUCUUCUAGCGCCUCUCUCGGCUACGGUUACCCGUUCGGAAACCCGUACUACGGCUGCAGACUCUCACAUUCGCACAACGUCAACCUUCAGCAGAAGCCGUGCUCGUACCACCCCGCGGAGAAGUACGCGGAGCCCAACGGCGCCUUGCCCACGGAGGAGCUGUCCAGCAGGGCCAAGGAGUUCGCUUUCUACCCCAGCUUCGCCGGCUCGUACCAGGCUGUCCCUGGCUACCUGGAUGUGUCUGUGGUGCCCAGCAUUAGCGCGCAUCCUGAGCCGCGGCACGACGCCCUGAUUCCAAUGGAGGGCUACCAGCACUGGGCUUUGUCGAACGGCUGGGAUGGGCAGGUGUACUGUUCAAAGGAACAAACGCAGUCGUCGCAUCUUUGGAAAUCUCCUUUUCCAGACGUCGUCCCUCUGCAGCCUGAGGUCAGCAGCUACCGACGAGGACGCAAGAAACGUGUUCCCUACACCAAGAUACAGCUCAAGGAGUUGGAAAAAGAAUAUGCGGCCAGCAAAUUUAUCACAAAAGACAAAAGACGACGCAUCUCGGCUACAACCAACCUUUCGGAGCGCCAGGUCACGAUUUGGUUUCAGAAUCGCAGGGUGAAAGAGAAGAAAUUCGUCAGCAAGUCUAAGUCGAAUAACCACAUGCACACCUAGUGGAAUGUCCAUCUGAAUUUCUGAAUUUUGACACUCUGAUUAUUUUACCUCUUCUAAAAACACGAAUGAAGAACAUGCACUCGAGGCCAUAUCUCAUCCCACCCCCUCAUUCUCAAGUCUUGUUCCACAUUAUUUAAUUUAAAUCCUAAACCAUGCACACAACCUGCUCAUGCUUAAGCUUUUGGGGACAUAGGCAAUGCCCCUAAACUGUGAAAAAACAACAACAAAACAAGUCAUUUCAACGUUUUUUUUAUAUGAAUGUACAUAUAUAAAUAUAUAAUAUUUAAAAUCUAAGUUUAAAAGGGACACUUGAGUUUCGUGACACCUUCAGAUGACACAAAAGGAACCGUGAACUUCCCCCGUGUGUUUAUUAAUGUCUAAAAAACAGCAGAAAAAAACAUGCAAGGACCGAAAACACAAGAACGAAUAUGAGUAGACUUUACUUCUCAACCCGAUGCUGGAGGAGAACUUGAGAACAACCUCAAGUGGCUACAGCAAACGAACAUUGUGAGAUGUCUCGAAGACGAACGUUCACGGAAGGUCUCAGCUUUGCUCCAAAAGCCUUCAAAAAUUCCAAAAAAUAACAAAACUAAAGAAAAAAAGCUCAAUGUUUUGCUGUGGGAUACAUUACUUUCAAUGCCGAAGGUCAACCAGGCUGCUAAUGUUUAACUGUACAGUGCAAUGCCUUUAUUAUUUAAUUCAUAUUCUCGCGAAUGAUGACAGGGCUGUAAAUCGGAAUGUCUCAUGAUAGUCUGUGUGCCACCCCCUCCCCCUUUUCAGCAGUGAAUUGUAUGUAUUUGCCAUGCAACUGGAAUGAUUGUAAGCAGUUCAAUUCAUGUAGUAUUACAGUUAAUGCACAAUCUUUCUUGUUUUAUAAAUAGAAUUAUAUACAGUAAAACAUCGGAGCUGUUCACACACCUUGUUAGUCUGUACCUCUUUCUGUGCAGUAUGUGAACUGUAUUGUGAUGUUUAAUUCCUAAAGUACUGAAUGGAGACGUGUUUCUUAAAUAAAUAAUGACAAUGGAAAGAAUUGGA